AGAUGUGGCAUUAUUUCAGCAGUGCAGGUGUUAAAUAUGAACUGAAUGUGAUCUCCAGGUAUGGCAGCCCCCAUCCGAAACUCUGAGAGCAGGUGAAUGGAAGAGCUUUAUGAGACGUGUAUGGGUGCAGGUGGAGAAAUGACCAAUCAGAGGGCAAGAAGAGCUUCUACCUGAGCAGGUAUCAUAUAGGUGAGGAGCUCGUGUGUGCGCGCAGUCUCUCGAGCCCACCUCACCACAAACAUCUCGUCCGUACCAAAAAAAUAAAUAAAGCAGGAGAAACCGCGUCGAUUAUGGAGAACAGGGUUGUUUUAAUGCUCAGUUUCACCUGUCUCGGUCUGUGCUGCUGGGCGCAUGGAGAUAAGGAGGACAUUUACAGGAGGGUUGUGGAUCUGGUGGCUCCUGGUGAGAAGAUCCUCACAGAUGAUGCGGUUCGCUUGGUUUUUGAGCAGUUGGAGAAACGUGUGCAGUGCUCCGGUGUGUCGUGUGAAAAGUGUCUCUCUGUAUCUGGUCUGUCUCAGCUCUUGAGUAACUCCAGUAGUUCAGAUGGUCUUCAGAUGGAGGAGUUCUUCAUGAUCUCUGCUGGUCUCUGUUUGUAUCUGAGCUCUCCAGCGGAGACCUGCAGGGCCGUACGUGAGGGCCGAUGGGGCGCGGAGGCCGAACACUUCAUCCAAACAACCUUAGGGCACGGUAACCAUGACAACGACACCAUCAGCAGCCAUCAUCCCCAUGCUGAUGUCAGCAUCACAGAAUAUGAGGAUUUGGAGAGAUUGUUUCUCGAUUUAGAGAAAUACUAUCAGCCCGACACACAAGAGCCAUGUUUCUAUCUAAAUGACAUCUUGGAGGAGAGCAGCGAUCAUCAUGGAGAUCACACACAUGUAGAUUUGGAUGUCGUGUUGGGAAAUAUCAUUUAUCACGUCCUGCGUGGAGACUGCAUGAGAGCGAACGUCCUGCCAGAGCAACAAUACUUUCUGGAUUACAUCUUUAACAACACUGAUCAUCUUAGUUUGCAUGACUUUGAAGGGAUUUUGAGAUCUCUGAACUUGGGAAAAGUUGAACACAAUGACAAGCACGACCACCGUGAUGCUAAGGCCCACAGACAGACUCAUCCAGAUCCUCAUCCUCAGGGUCACCAUAGCAACAGCGACUGGAAUGAGACUUGUUUAAGCACUGAAGACCUGCUGAGAAUUUACCAUCUGAACUCUUCAAUACUGACCAGAGAUCAGUUCACCCAGCUCAGCCCUGCGCUGAUUCAGCAGAUCCUCAGUGGUGUCUGUUCUGAGAUCAGUCCGAGUCCUGAGAGACCCGACUCUAUGAGCACUGCUGAAAGAUAUGGAUACGCCACCCUGGCGAACCUCAUCAUCUGUCUGAUGGCCAUGUUUGGUAUCACGGUGUUGUUGUUUUCCUCCUGUACUCAAGUGUUUGAGCUCUGUAUUCAGUUCUGUAUCAGUCUGGCUGUGGGCUCGCUGACGGGCGAUGCCAUUCUCCAUCUUCUGCCCACGUUUUUAGGGCUUCACAAGCAUGAAGAUGGAUCUGAUAAUGACAAUUCAGGGGACAACUAUGACUUUAUCUACAAACUCCUGGUGCUCAUUGCAGGCAUCUAUCUCUUCUACCUGAUGGAGAGCAUCUUCGCCAUCAUUACCCACGGUGAACAUCAUCAUCAUGAUGGAGAGAAGUCUGAUCCUCAUCACUGUGACCACGGCAAAGUCCUGCAGAUGUUCCAGCAAGAGAAACACAACAAAAACUCAAGCUCGCAGAUGGAUCUGGUUGACACCGAAAAGAAUGAGAAAUCUUUCCUGGAACCUGUUGAGCUCAGAAGAGAGAAGCGUUUGCUUCCUCUCAUGAUCACCAUCGGCGACAGCAUUCAUAACUUUGCUGAUGGUUUGGCGAUCGGUGCAGCGUUCUCCAUGUCCUGGCGUUCGGGUUUGGCUACAUCUCUGGCUGUGUUGUGUCAUGAGCUCCCACAUGAACUGGGUGAUUUUGCCAUCCUGUUGCACUGUGGUGUGUCAAUAAGAAAAGCUUUAUUACUGAACAUGGGCAGUGCUUUAACCUCUUUCAUUGGACUGUACAUCGCUCUCUCCGUCUCCACUGAAACUAUUGCUAAAGAGUGGAUCUCAGCCGUCACCACUGGACUCUUUCUGUAUGUUGGUCUUGCAGACAUGUUGCCGUCUAUGAUUCAUGUGGACAGUAAGAGACCCUGGCUGAUGUUUGUUCUCCAGAAUCUGGGGCUUUUGAGCGGCUGGGGGAUUCUGUUGCUGUUGUCUUUUUAUGAAGAUCAGAUAGGGGUUUAAUAUUUUGUCAAAUUU